GUCGUAAGAGAAUUUUUAUUCGAUUCGUAAUGGCGGCGACGCGAGCGCGCUCUUGCGGCGACGUGGAUAACGAACGACGCGAAUAUAGGCGCGUUAAGUGGCGCGCACCGCGACAGCGCGAAGUCAGUCUCGUCUAGUCCGCCGAACGAUACGUAACGCGUAGAUCGCUCUGCUCGCAUCUCUCUCUCUCUCUCUCUCUCUCUCUCUUUCUCAUUUCGAUCGCGUACAGUUAUUAUACACGUCCCUCUCAUCAUUCGGUCCAAUGUCUUUACGAUUAUGUUAGCGAAGUCGACGCGUCGCCUCUCGGCCGGCAGCGUCUCGUCUGUCGUGCGAAUUGUAUAUAUCAAGCGUUGUCGUCGUCGCCGUCGCCGUCGCCGUCGUCGUGUGAAGUUGUCGCACGACGUCGCGCGCGCGGACGUCGAUGCGGAGGAGUCGACGACGGCGCGCUCGUCAAGCGCCUCCGGGAAUAACGUGGGACGACGUUAACGCGAACAAGUUGACAGUUGACAGUUGAAGUCGCGGCGCGAAGAAGAGGAAGAGGAGGAGGAGGAGGAGGAGGACACGGUGCUCGCGUGGUGUGGCUUCGUGUCAUCGUGUGCGUGUUGUGCGUGCAUGUGUGCGGGCGGCGCGGACCACCCCGGUGUUGAGGAGGACGACGCGUCGGCGGACGGCGACGGCGGGAAUCACGCGACACGACGAUGACGGCGAUGUUGGUGUCCGUUGCGGAGCUGUCCAACAUCUUCUCGGUGCUCGCCGUGCUGAUAUGCUUCUGCGGGGUCUUUCUUUUUAUCAUGAGGAACAUGAUGGUGCUACGCGUCCACGGCGACGACCUGAUGUUCGGUGGCGGCGGCGGUGGCGGAGGUGGUAACAGUGUGAUAACGCAUUCGCCGCGCAUACCGCAAAUGGAGAUGAUGAAGGUCCACAUCCCCUUCACCUUCAAGCUCCACGAGAGCUUCAAGAGCACGUACGCUGAAGUGGAGUGCGAGGUGUCCAGCCAAGUGGAGUACUCGUUGCAGGCGAUCUGGGGUGUCAGCAUCCGGGAACUGCAUCUGGCACUCUGGAAGCCCUGGAACACGUUGCGGGAUGCAUCCUUGAACGGGACUCUUCUACAGGGCCACGCGCAAUAUCUCACGGCGCCGCAAACACAGCCACACGGGGAGGAAACGCUGAGAUUAUCGCUUCCGGCGCCGGAACUGGAGCUCGGCACUCCGCCACGGCUCUGUUACCCAUUGGUGAUCUUUCUCACCCGGAGAGACAAUCGGGAUCCCCAUCCCGACGAAACGGUGGCACUGGUGAACGUCGUUCACAUCAAGGACAGCGUGUGCACGCUACCGACUUCGAUUCUAGCGCAGUACUUGAAGCAGGCGAACGGCCAGCUGUCCUGUUUAAAGCAACUCUAUCUGGCCACGGGUAACUCGAGCAACUACGACGAGAGCGAUGCGAUGUCAUCGGCAGGCCUGGGUUCGCCGGCUCUCGCGCUCGCCGAACCGUGCAACAACAACAAUAACGGUACCGGUCGCGGCGCCCUAGUGGCGUCCGGCCAAGGUGGCGGCGAUCAGGAGAACGGCUCUCUUUGGAACACCGCGGGCGAGCAGCUAUGCGUCGUCUGCCAGUACUUCCCGUUGUCGCGCGCCUUGCUACCUUGCCGGCAUACCUGCAUCUGCGCCUCGUGCUUCGGCAAGCUCGACCGGUGCCCGAUGUGUCGCAGCCCGAUCAAGAGCUACUUCUGCAUACGCAGCGAGGAAUAUAUGCCGCCGGAGAAGGAAAUCAACCUCUGCAAGCAGCGCCAGCCGAGCCACGGGCCCACCCAUUGGCUUCACGAUUGGAACGACCGGCUCACCGAUUUCCUCGGCUUCGCUCGAUAGAGGAUCGCUCUAUCUCCAAGGUCGCGUAUAUCUUGCAUACCGAGUGUCAGAAUGGUUGAAAAAGUAUUUGUUCGAUAUAGAUAAUUUCUACAGGUUUUUUUUCUCUCUUCCUCUUUCUUAAAUUCAAGAUGUAGAUAAGUCUCUCUCAUGGAUCGGUAAAACAUUAAAUACGUUCUGGAUACGUUUUAUGUAGAGGAAUGGAAGAGAGUAUUAUUAAAUUUCUAUCUUCUUUUCCAAGUUAAAUUAUAGAGGUUAAAAAUUUUUCAAGAUAUAUAAAAAUAAAAUAAAUAAUAAAUCUAUUUUCUCCUGAGAACAUAAAAACAAAAUCGCAAUUUUUCAACCUUUAAUUCUUGUUUCAGUUCUUAUCAUUUAAACAUUAAAAAUUCCAUUUCGCCUCAAAUCUUUAUCCGUUUGAUUCGAAGAAGUUACAUUUCAUUUAACAAAGAAUUUUAAUAGCUGUUAUUAUUCAAAAUUUUAAUGUUGAAAUACAUUUAUGUAGGAUUGAUCUAUAAAACAGGAAACGUCAACCAUACUGACACGUGACUGUAGUAUGAUUUAUCAUUCGAUUCUAAAUAAGGUGCGGAAGUUCAUGAGAAUUUACAUAUACACGUGAGAAAGACACUAAAGUGAUUGGGUUAUCUAUUUGGUGUCGCACGGCAUUGCAAAUAGUUUUCAUGCAUACAGGGUGUCAACGAAUCACCGCUUUUUCAACCGCAGCUUUUUCGGUCACUUUAAAAACAAAGAUUUUUUUCAUGUUCUUUUUUAUUGGAAAAGUGAGGAUAGUCAUCAUUUAUCACCUUUCUAAUUUUUAAUGUUAUAUAUCUUUGAAAUUAACAAAUAUUAAAAUUUUAUUAAAACAAAAUUUAUAUUUGGAAUUAUCUGAGAAUAUUACAGUUCUAUAUCAAAGAUUUUUUUCUUCUAAAGAAUUCAUUUUGUGUAAAUCAUCUAUCUUCAAUCGUUGACUAUUAAAAAAUUAUAUACAAGCGAUUUACCUGUUUUAAAAAGAUUUUUUAAAAUAUGCUUGCAAGUUUAAGAUUAUUUUAAAAAAUUAGUUUUUUGUCGAGGUUCCCAAUUAUAUCUAAUUUUCAUUGGUUUUUUUAAAGACACUCCUUGUAAAAAAACGUAAACGUUUCAUUUCUUUUAUCGAAAGUCAAUUAUAAAUUCAGUUUCGAAACACCCUAUAUAAACGUAAUAUCCCCUUCACUGUACUGCUCGCGUCAUCGGACCGUGUAGCCUGUCCGAACAAAUCUCAGAUCAUUCAAUCGGGAAGGUUGACCAUGAAAAACGAACUUUCGCAUCCUAUUUAAAAGGUAGACACGCGCGAUCCAGUUGGAUCGUCCUUGCGUAUUAAGCUAGACAUUUCCGCGGAUCGAACGCAAUCACGGAACUAGGUAUUCAUGUAAUACAAUUAACAGUUAAAUAUUUAAUGUCUAUAAAAGAUUAUUAAUAAGUUACGCAAUGUAUGUCGAGAAUUUGCGAAGAUGAUGUUCGACGUUCGGAAAUGCCUAACUAUAGAUGCGAAGAUAUGAGCGACGCCGAGUGUACUCAGUCUACGAUUGAGAAGUCUAUUCAAAGGAGAACUCGAGGAGUUGCCAAAAUAUCGAAAGAAAUGUGACGUUAUCAUAAAUUUUCGUCGAAUACGGUAUCGGCCUAAUAAGAACCAGGCACAAAAAAAUUGUCUUUAACAUAAUAGUUUAAUUAUACAGAUAUAAUUUGAAUGCUUUAGUCAUAUUUCGGGCAAAUAAAAUCCUAAAAAAAUCGUGCGUUUCGACCUCCGUCUUACAUCGAUUCCAGCACAUUUAGGAUGUGCUUCACCAAGCAAUGAAUUCAUUUUAAUAGACAAAUAUUGCGAAAAGAUCAUAUAAAUACGCGAGAAAUUACAGAAGACGAAGAGCUAAAAAAAAUAAGUAACGCAAUUGUCAAACAGAUUGAUUGGAGGAGUUCAAAUUCUAUUUGUAUAGUUAAACUUUUUUGGAGACAAUUUUUUGCCCUUUUUCUGUGCCUGGCUCUUAGUAAUUUCGAUAUUGCAUUUGAUUUAUAUUUUAUUAUUAGAGCCAUAUCUCGUCUUUAUAAAUUUUCGUUUCUUAAGCAAAAUGAGCAAAGUCCUUUUUUUUAUUCCAUUCGUAUGAUAGAAGAACUUAGAACAAAGUAUCUUAAUGUAUGUAAAAAGAUUGUUAAAAAUCAUCCGAUUAAUAUAGAGAUUUAAUUAUUAAAAAAUGAUUCUAAUUUUACAUUAGAAUCAUUUUAUUUUCUUGAGACGUGUUUAAAAAUCGCGAUCGUUCUGUCUCUGCGGCGUGUAAUUAUGCUUUUUCUCAAAAUUCACAACGAAUGAAAUGAUGAAAGCGCAUUAAGAUUACGAUAUAUUAUCCAACUUUAUUAUAUCUAUAGAUAGAGAGAUCUCGAAAUAGAUGAUUAAAUUUUAGUAGUGUAUUUUAUUUAUCUUGAGGAUUUUUAAAAGAAAUUAUUUUCCGAGUUAUACAUUUUUUUUCGUUGCGAUAUAAUUUUUUACGUGGCAUUGUCGCAACCAAAUCUUGAAUACGACUUAAGCCGCGAUUGAACAAUGCCUAUACUCGUACUGAUUGUGAGAAAAGACGUGCUUGAGGAACACCGUAGACACUGAAUAUUGUCGGGAAAAAAUUUUGAGAAUGCAAUUGUAUUCCCCUAAAUGUCUGUGUAUAUAUCACCCAACGUAAUCGAAAAAUUUUUACUAUGUGACAUUUUAUAUAUGUAAGUAUGUUUAGAUGUAAAUAUACGCGCGCACAUACACUAUGCUAAGCGAAUCUACGUAUUCGCCAUUAGAUUACUCGAUUAUUUGGUAUAUAUGUACGAUUAAUAUAUAAGUUUACCUAUCUAGUAUAAUGCUCGCUCCCGCGAGAAGUGUUUCCUUUGAAAAAAAUUCACACGCACGUAUAGUUGAAGUAUUAUAAAAGCCCAUUUUCGCAAAUUCCACGAAUUAAAUAGCAUAUGAAUGGCAAGUUUCGUUAAUAAAAUGCAAGACAGAGUAUUUGAUCGAGAGAAGGUGAGAGAUAUUAAUUCGCUAGAUUAAGAGAUCAUCAUUUUAACAUUUAACGCUGUAAAUAGACAGACUGUGAUAAUUCUAACAAUGUUUGCGCGAAUGCGUCCCGUAAACGGAGAGCUAUGAGAAGAGAAAGGAAUCGUUUGGGAGAAUCUUUCCUCCGGGAAAGAGAGGCCACAGUGGUUUAUGGAGGUUGAUCGAAGAAUAUUGAGAGAGUGUGAAGGCCUUUGCAGUCAAUUUAUCGUAAAAGAAAUUUAAUAUCGAGUUUUAAGCGAUGAAAAACGCGGAUCUCGAACCGUUCGAAGCACACCUGUAUAUAAUUUAUUUAAAUAAAGUGUAUUGGCUGGCAUUUGA